UAUAUUAAUAAUAUAAUAAUUACCUCCAAUUCUAUAAAUAAUUAUCUAAAGUAUUUAAAUACAAUCUUUUCCCUCUUUCUCUCUAAGAAUAUUAUACUUUCGCUUAAAAAAUUUUAUUUAAAUUACUCUAACAUCGGAUUAUUAGGAUUUCACAUUAAUAAUUUCGGAUUAUUAACAAUUAAAGAGCGGAUAGAGGCAUUUAAAAUCUUAAUCUUUCCUAAUAAUUUAAAAGUAUUAAAAUAA